CCUGCAUUUGUUCAGCACUCCAAUGAGCGGCCUCACGACGCGCGUGCCUCGCUGAAAUGCCGGAUCCUGAAAUAAUGUGGCUCAUGGACCGCGAGUCAGGCCCUGGAGUGGCGUCAACCUACUCCAAGAUCUCUAGGGUAUCAGGCGAUGUGAAAGUCUUCGAGUGGGAGCAGCUCGGGGAGCCCAUCUUCGUCUUUGGCUACACCGCCAUGGUGGUGGGGCGACAGUGCCUGGUCCUGGUGGUGAUCGCACUUCAGGUCUUCUCCACGCGCGUGCAGAGGUUUUUGCAGCAAGCCCAAGUGAAGAACUACCUGAUGCAAUGUGACGAAGAAGCGAUCGGCGUCUUUCAGGAUGUAGUCUGCGAGACAACCAAGGCUUUUGUGCGGUGCUUCCCCGUGGUGUCGAUCUUGGUGGCGGUCGUUGUUGCGUCGCAGUUGAUCCUGUGCCAGCGCUUGUUCUAUCUCAUGAUUCGCAAUGGCGUCCUUGUCGACUUUCAGAAUUUGUCGCCUUUCAAGGACCCGCUCUUUUGGUGGGUGCUAGUCAACGGUGUCCUUGCCAUGUCGCACUUCGGCUUCCACAUGUUGGUGGCAGAGCAGAUGCACAUCGGCAAGGACAACCUGGAGAAUGUGGUGGCGUCUUUGAAGCAGGAUGCCAUCUUCUUCGGUUUGCCGGCAAUGUUCUACGUGGUAUUUCUUUACUUGUCCUAUGACGUGGAGUGGCUGCUGCUGCCGUUGAGCAAGUUCUGGGAGGCGGAUCCGGAGUGGGCCUACCGGACCUCGCGCGAUUUAGUCUUUGUGACGGAGAAUGUGGCCUGCAAAGCUUCGCUCGAGGAUCCUGGCUCCAUUCAGGAUGUGGCUGAGGCCAUUGUGCGGGUGACGCGAAGCUAUGACGAGAUGGAAGAGUCCGAAAACCACAGCCCGAGCAAUGGCCAGCAGAAGCGCCAGUUCUGGGUCAGCGAGAAGCGGCAACAGAAGCUCCACGGCCCCGAUUGCCAGGACUGCACCCACCACCAUGCCCCUGCAAGGCAAGGUUGGAUCAAACGAGCCUGGAUUGCCAAGCUUCUUCUGGACAACAAGCUGGUGGCAAGGGACGCGAAAUGCCAGAGCUUCCAGUGCUGGUGGCUCACCUGGAUCACCAUCAGCGUCCUGAUGUGCAUCGGUGCGAUUGCCUUACUGGUGAUGCAGCUCAAGAACGACGUGGAGGACAUCCUUGCUGGCCAUGGCGAAGAUUACGUCGCCGUCACGGUCAUUGGCAUCAAUGUUGUUGCCAUGCUGGCCGUUCUCUCCUUCUACAUGGCCGAGCUGCUGUUUCACUGGUGAAGCUUUCGUGGCCUGAGUCAUUCUCCCGUCC